AGCUUGGCUCCCACCUUCGAGUUCCUUCAUCCAACUCUUGACACUCUUUAUCACUCAACGAAACUAGGGGGCAAUCCAGAAGUGUAAAUCUGCUAGCACCAUGUUGGUUUCUCUAUUUUCGCUGUUUCUGACACUCAGCCGCUAUAUUGGAUUCACGAAGGGCCUUCAAAUCACCCUGGAGAACACCAUUACACUAGGCGAAACAACAACCAUAAGCUAUGCUACAGGAUCCAGCGACCCCUCUGAAUGGCUCCUACGCAAUGUCUAUGCCAAUGGGACCACACAGAUAGGCGGAGUGCUGUCGGGAACAGGCUCAGUGAGCUUUUCCUUUCAGCUAGCAGGACCGCACUUCCUUCAAGCAGUAGCGUACAAUGAUUCCACCUCGACGGCCACCUCUCAACCUUUCUAUACUGGAAACUUGUUUACUCCUGUUAAUUCUUCGAGCACAAGUUCAUCCUAUCAAAGCUCGGCUUCGGCCACACCAAGCGCGUCGUGUCCAUCCGCAUCCUCCACACCCACCACCUCUCCUUCAUCCUCAACGAGCUCUAGUUCAUCUGAGUCAGGUGCCAUUGCCGGCGAAGUUAUCGGUGUACUUGGCUUUCUAGCUGCGUUGAUAUUUUUUGGGAUGUGGUUCCGACUUUACAGACAGCAACACAGAAAACCAGAGUUUGCUCAAACCUUUAUGCAGACUAGUGGCAACAAUGGCAACGGCCAUGGUGUAGUCCUCACACCCGUCAUCGUCACACCGUAUGACGGCCCAGCGCCUACUCAGCGCAUUGCGUCGUGGAUGAGGAGGUUGUACAGGCCAUCGAAGUAUCUGGACGAGGCAGAUAUGAAGGAGGCUAAUAUUAGGGACGAUUCGGAUACCACGAGGUCUAUGCGGUAGAGAGAAUGCAUAUUUUCAUGUUCCCGUGCACCUCGAACCAGCUUCACUGUCAAUCCUUUUAAUUUAUUUUCACAUUUGGUAGGGGGAGGAUUCUGUUCAAUAUCAUUGAAUACAACUUUCAUGAACUCUGUGUUAUUCCUCCAUUAUAACUUCCGACGUUGUAGUAGUAGCAGUCGAAUGUGGGCGCACAUAACAUUUAGCUAGAUCACACAGUCCAGACGUGUCAAUGUACGCUCAUUUGAGACUGGGUGAAUAUAAUUGCUUUGUAUUCACUA